GAGCGAAGUCGAGGAGUUCUGCGCCGGCCUGGGCUUUCCGAACUGGAGUCCAGAUCUUACAUAAAAUGGAUGUUUUCACACUGUAUACUGAACAUUUAAGUAGAGAAUCUAUUUAAUAAAAUUUAAGCUGCCAUGGAAGAAAUACCAGUAAAAGUCGCCGUAAGAAUUAGACCUCUGCUUUGUAAAGAAGUUCUUCAUAAUCAUCAAGUUUGUGUGAGAGUUAUUCCAAACACCCAGCAAAUUAUCAUUGGGAGAGAUAGAGUUUUUACUUUUGAUUUUGUUUUUGGUAAAAAUUCCACUCAAGAUGAAGUUUAUAAUACGUGUAUAAAGCCCUUAGUGUUAUCACUCAUUGAGGGCUAUAACGCAACUGUUUUUGCCUAUGGACAGACUGGAUCUGGGAAGACAUACACCAUUGGAGGAGGCCAUAUUGCUUCAGUUGCAGAGGGUCAAAAGGGUAUCAUUCCUCGAGCUAUCCAAGAAAUAUUUCAAAGCAUCACUGAAAAUCCUAGUAUUGACUUUAAUAUAAAAGUAUCCUAUAUAGAAGUAUACAAGGAAGACCUAAGAGAUCUUCUUGAGUUGGAGACAUCCAUGAAAGAUCUUCACAUCCGAGAAGAUGGAAAAGGAAACACAGUGAUUGUUGGGGCCAAGGAAUGCCAUGUGGAGACUGUGGAUGAGGUGAUGAGUCUUCUGGAGGUGGGGAAUGCGGCCAGACAUACAGGUACCACCCAGAUGAAUGAACACUCCAGUAGAUCACAUGCAAUUUUUACAAUCAGCAUUUGUCAAAUUGAGAAAAAUACAGAAGCAGCUGAAGAUGAAUUAUGGUAUUCACAUCGGCAAAUUGUCUCCAAGUUCCAUUUUGUAGAUUUGUCUGGAUCAGAGAGAGUGACCAAAACCGGGAAUACCAGUGAACGGUUCAAAGAAUCCAUUCAAAUCAACAGUGGCUUGCUGGCUUUGGGAAAUGUAAUAAGUGCUCUUGGACACCCACGCAGGAAGAGUUCACAUAUCCCAUACAGGGAUGCUAAAAUUACUCGGCUUCUGAAAGAUUCCCUGGGAGGCAGGGCCAAGACUGUCAUGAUCACCUGUGUUAGCCCAUCUUCCUCGGACUUUGAUGAGUCCUUAAAUUCUCUCAAAUAUGCCAACAGAGCACGGAACAUUAGAAACAAACCCACUUUAAACUUUAGCCCAGAAUCAGACCGAAUGGAUGAAAUGGAAUUUGAAAUUAAGUUGCUGCGACAAGCUUUGCAAAGCCAGCAGGCAAGUAUCAGCCGAACUAGCCAGAUCCAUCAAGAGGGCGCUCCUGGUAAAAACAGGAUUCAUUCUCUUGAGGAGCAAGUAGCUCAGCUACAAGAGGAGUGUCAGGGCUACCAAAAUUGUGUAGAGGAGGCCUUUACCUUCCUCGUGGAUUUAAAAGAUUCUGUCAGACUAAACCAAAAGCAGCAGCACAAACUGCAGGAGUGGUUUAACAUGACCCAAAAGGUCAGGAAGGCUGUCCUCACUUCAUUCCGAGGGAUCCAAGGCAUUGAAAAUCUGGAAGAGGGACCACAGCAUAUUACAGUUCUCCAGCUGAAGAGAAAGCUUAAGAAAUACCAGGUCUACUCAAGUCCUCCUAUGUACUCUCUGGAUAAAGUACUUGCUGGAUUUCGAACACGAAGUCAGAUGCUGUUGGGUCACAUAGAAGAAGAAGAUGAAGUCCUCCACUGCCAGUUUUCUGGUAACAGUGAUGAUGAAGAAUCAGAAGGCCAGGAAAAAUCUAGAAUUAGCUGUACAAGUUGCUCAUGGAUUAAAAAGCCAGGCUCUGUUUGUUCUCUUGUUGAGUUGAAUGAUACCCAGGAUGGAUCACAAAAGUCAAGUUUGGGGAAUGAAGAUUUAAAGAUUGAAUGUCUCCGGGAGGGUCAGACAAAUUUGCAAAAAUUAAGGAAUUCAGAACUUAUACUUAAUGAAGCUAAACAAAAAAUGAGAGAACUUAAAAUUAACAUCAAGAUGAAAGAAGAUUUGAUUAAAGAGUUAAUAAAAACAGGUAAUGAUGCCAAAUCUAUAAGCAGACAGUAUUCUCUGAAAGUAACAAAACUAGAGCAUGAAGCAGAACAGGCAAAAGUGGAACUGACUGAAACAGAAAAGCAGCUGCAGGAACUGGAAAACAAAGAUCUUUCUGACGUUGCUUUGAAGGUAAAAUUACAGAAAGAAUUCCGUAAGAAGAUGGAUGCUGCAAAGCUGAGAAUCCAGGUCUUACAGAAGAAACAACAAGAUAGUAAGAAAUUGGCAUCACUGUCGAUACAAAAUGAGAAACGUGCCAGUGAACUACAGCAGAAUGUAAAUCGCAUGAAACAUCAGAAGGUACAGCUGCAAAAAAGACUUCAAGAAGAAAAUGAAAAAAAGAAGGAACUGGAUGCAGAAAUUAAGCGAGAUCAACAAAAAAUCAAAGAACUACAGUUAAAAACAGAACAGGAAGAAGGUCUAAAACUGAAAGCUGAGGACCUUCAUGCAUUUAACUUGAAAAGGAGAAAAAGUCCUUUUAGAAAUGUAGACCAACUCCAGAAAUUGGAUGAGCAAAAGAAAUGGUUAGAUGAAGAAGUAGAGAAAGUUCUGAGCCAACGCCAAGAAUUAGAGGAACUAGAAGAAGACUUAAAGAAACGGGAGGCCAUAGUUGCUAAGAAGGAAGCCCUGCUACAGGAGAAGAACCACCUGGAAAAUAAGAAGUUGAGAUCUAGUCAGGCCUUAAACACAGACAGUUUGAAAAUAUCAACUCGCCUGAACUUGUUGGAACAAGAGUUGUCUGAAAAGAGUGUGCAGCUUGACAGCAGCACAACUGAGGAGAAAAUAAAGAUUUCAGAACAAAUUCAAGCCCUCCAGAAAGAAAAGGAUCAGCUCCAGAGACAAAGAAACAGUGUGGAUGAAAAACUUAAAAAUGGUAGAGUGCUGUCGCCCGAAGUAAGUCAGUAUUCUUUGGAACUGAAGUUGCUGUAUGAUGAUGGAUAACUUGAGUAAUUUCUUAUCACAUAAUCAUAAAAAUGAUAAAUCUGGUAAACUUUGUUUUCCUUGAGAUUUUGUCAGCUGUAAUGAGUUUACUUAGCAUCUCUUUGGCACUAUUUUAAACCAUGAUUGGGUAGAGACAGAUGUCCUCACAGAGUGGUUCAGAGAUGUGGCCUCUUCCUGGCACUGUUAGGCAUUAGGAAACUAAUACUUCCUUGAGUAUGGCCUUCUGAGCUGGGUUUUCUCAUCCCAAAUCACAGAACACAGAAAAUAAUUUGAAGGACUCUUUUCUCAGUUCUUCCAAGGAGGGCACCCAACUUCUCUUUUAUAUAUCUGUCUUAAAGAUACUAGGUGGUUCACUAUGUACCACAAAUGCCUAGGGUUAAUUCUUUCUGUGGAAACAUGUUUGGAAAGGGGCUGAUGUUUGGGAGCAUAUUCCCACUAGGUCCAAACAAAUAGACACACAAAAUCAAAUCCCAGUAAAAUACCUUUCAGUUACAGUUUUUAAAGAGCAUAUGGCUCCACUCAUCUCUAUUAAAAAAAACAAAACUGUGUAAAAGACAGUUCAUUCAUUGGCUAUCUAAUUGCCCUAGACUUGUCUUUUAGAAAAUUUUUAUUUCAGUUGGUAUUGGUCCCUCUACCUGACUUUAUUAGACAAAGAUGAACUUUUGAGCUUGAAUU